CCGGCUAUCGAGGUUUAAAUGGUGGACGUCCUGUUAAUGUAAGGGAUUUGACUAUGCACUCUCAAAAAUUCAGUGAUAACUUUUUACAAAACUUCUUAUGCGCUCACUCGUCCCCAACGGAGAAAAUAUUUUGCUGAAGUCUGAUCUGUUUACUUUUUCGUCCACGUAGAUCAUGUUGUGAUGGAACACUUCAAUGGGAUUUGGGUGUAUUUGGGGUAGACCUUGAUGCAUUGACUAAUUUGACCCAAUUUCGUUGACGGAAAUCAAUUUUUUUAUGCAUUUCAUCUGGAAACUUCAAUACUAAGACUUUCACUUCGACUGCGCUGGACGUUGAUGCGAGUGGCUUCCAGCACCGUGAUCGUGCACGGAAAGACAGAAGGGGAAGAAAAUGGACCGCGAGGCUAAUAAUCAGGGUGAUGCAACGCCAAAACGGCCGCAGGAGGAGCCUGGCGGUAACGUUAAAAAGAAGCAGAGGAGACGGAGCAGGAAGGCGAAUAAAGGAAAGCAGGAGAGAGAGAGACUUCUGCAGGACAGAGAGAGAUGUCUUCAGGAGAGAGAGAGAUGUCUUCGGGAGAAAGAACAGUCUCUUCAGGAGAAAGAGCGAUUUCUUGAGGAGCGAGAGAGAUGUCUGCUGCCCAGCGCUUUCCCAGAGGCCUCUGCAUGCUCAGGAGCCUCUCUGGAGGGUCAGAGGCAUGAGGAAGCACCAGGGAAGGCGGAGACACCUGGCCUCGUGGGAUUGGCUGGUGCUGUGGAGGAGCGGCCUGACACGCCUCAGGAUGCGGACCCUUCAGUUGUGCCUUUUCCACCACCUGGCCAAACUGCGCCACCGUCUGGCCAAACUGCGCCACCACCAGGCCAAACUAUGCCACCACCAGGCCAAACCGCGCCACCACCAGGACAAACUGUGCCACCACCUGGCCAAAAUGUGCCAGCCCCUGGCCAAACUGUGCCACCACCUGGCCAAACUACACUAACACCUGGGCAAACUACACCACCACCUGGCCAAACUACACUAACACCUGGCCAAACUACACUAACACCUGGGCAAACUACACGACCACCUGCCCAGCCUUCUCCACCCACCCCCUCCAAAAACCAAAGUGAUCUUCCACAUGACUCCACCACUGCUGACCUGCAGGAGAAACGACCGUCCUGCCAAAGCCGCUCUACUGGGAGAGAGUCGACCAAUCAGAGCGCAGAAAGUCUAGCGAGCGCCAGCCCAUCACCCAAUCCUGGGGCAGAGGCGGAAAAGAGAGUGGAAACUGAGAGGCCCGCUUCCAACCCUUCCACAACCGAAGGCUCGGGAGGGGAAUCAACCCCAGGACCUGGCAGGGCCGAGAGCGCAAAGCAUGCUGGGAUGUGUGCCAGUGACCAAAGCAUCAAACACAGGAAGGACACGGCAAACUCCCAGCAGUCUGCGGCGGAGGAGGAGUGGAAGGAGGGCACCAUGGGAAGGCAGACCGCCGAAGCUGCUCAGCAGCAGAGCCUGGAGUCGGCACAGGCUGGUCCUCCAGAGAGAGCGCGUGGAGUACAGGGAGAGCAGGAAUCUGACACAAAUCCAAGCACAGGGAAUGCUGGGAAAAAUCCCCAACGUGGCGGAGAGGUACCCGCAAGCUCCGCCCCCACUGGAUCGCCUGUGGACACGCCCCCACCUGAGAACAAGGGGGCCACUUCAGAUCAGUGUGAUGAUGAGGGCUUUCAAACAGUGUCCUCAAAGAGGAAGAAGAAAAGGAUGACACACCCACCUCAAAUUCCACAGAGUCUACAGCAGGAACCUUCAACAGACAGCAUCACUGUCUGCUUCCACGCCAUCUUGUCCAAGGACUUCAGACUAGACCCACAGAAUGAUCUGGUUUUCAUGAUGCCAGGACCCCCUUUAGGGAAUUGGAAUUGCAAUUAUGUGGUAAAAAUGGAAGCUACAAAGGAUUUAGGAGAACAUGGUUACCUUGUGCAAGGACAACUAAUGGCACCCAGAGUGAUUGAGAAUGUCCCUAUACCCUAUAAAUACGUUGUGUGCAAAGCAAGCACAACUGGACAAGAAACCCAUUUUGAGCACAUUUACAAAGCUGGUGCAAUAGGAUUUGUCAACAGGUGCUUAUGUGUCAUGAAUUCUCUUCUAACCCAGCAAGGGGAGUGGCAUCAGUAUGAUGACAUCAUAUGGGCCGAACCAGGGAGAGGCGUGAUGACGCGCCUCAGAAACCUUAUUGGAUUUAACGAGGGGAGAGAUAUCGCUAGGGGGCGCCACCUAGCUGGGAAGGUCAUGCUGGAGAUGAUAUUUGAUCUGCUACGAAGCUGGAGCGGAGUGAACGUGGCAAACUUUUUGAUUCAGCUUCAUCAGUUCUAUGUAGUUUACUGCAAACCCCUUGUCUUUGAAGGAGAUAGGCCAACGGUGUGGGAAUCUCUUGGGUACGGCCUAGCUCAGGUGAAAGGGCUUUUGAGAGAAUUCCUGCUGGAGAAUAUCGUCCCGCAGAAAGGAGGUGGAGAGAAGACAUUCCUCAGAGACCCCCUGAAAGCGGGACUCAUAACCAUGCUGGUUUGGCAGAAGUACCUGGAGCUGCACGGCACUGAGGAGCUCUCUUACAUGUGUGACCUACUGUGCCUACCACAGAAGCCCAGAGAAGAUUUCCAUGUGUACUGGAGAGACCUCGCCAGUGGAUUCCAGGAUCCACGGUGUGGGUUAAUGGUGCAGAAGAGUCUAGAGUCAUUCUGUGCCUUGGCACUGAAAGAGAAAGUGGAGAAGUGGAUCCUGGUGCUCCCACUCCUGCAUCUGCUGAGGGGCGACUGCAAACCCUUUGAGCCUCUUUCUCCUUCCCUAACUCCCUCCGUGGGGUUCAAUGCCUGGGCAGGCCUGAGGGAGAUCGCUCCAUCUGAAAUGCAGCCAAACUCACAGUAUACAAGGGCUCUCAUGAAAGUUAUGGCAGAGCACACACACCUUGUGGAGGUGGACAGGCUCCUGUCCCGCUCGUGGUUGUAUCUGCUGGGGGUGGAGGCCAUGAAGAAGUUCUGUUCUUUCGUUCCUGUGGACCUCCAUGACGUCGUUCAGCGGCUGUUCUUUAGGCUGCAGGUUGAAUUGUCUCUCUCCAAACAUGAGGCAGUGCAGAAGCUGCUGGUGUAUCUCAGUCAGUCAGUUAAGGAACAGAAAUUCAGGUGUUAUGACACUGGUUAUGGGAAAGAUUGCUUGACUGUGUCACUAAAACUUCUGGAGAGGAUUUGCCAAGCUGCCAUCGAGCAACGCUUCUACAAGCUCCCCACAGCAUGUGUGACGCUUGUCUCUGCUGUAGCGGACUUCACUGCCAGCGUUCAUGAGAAACACUCUGAACAGAAUGAGGCUCAGCUGAAUUGCAGUACCAGAGAAGAGUUAGGAGAGAUGCUUCAAAUGAUCAGGGACUGGAUGAGGAAGACCUUUGACAACAAGCUGCUCCGCACGGUCACUCAGCCUAGCACUUUCAUCUCCAGAUGUGAAAUAGAGGCUUGGAACAACAUCCUCUCACUCACCUUUGGUGUAGAAGAGUUCACAGAGAUUUGGAGGACAACACUUCUAAAUGAUUUUGAAGGCAAACUGAAGCAGGAGCGUAGCAUGGACCAGAUUGAAAUCUACUGCGACCAGAUUGAGGAAGUGAACAGGAAGUUCCCGACUUUAAGUGCAUGUUUGGAGAAAUGCGCCCUGGAGGGUAUUACCUCUGUCUGCCAGGGCAGGGAGGAGCGCUCCCUCUUUGAACGGCUGAGGCGUCAUGACUUCAGGAAGUUUGGGAAACUGGUGUCCGCCCUGGUCCUGCAGGCCUGGCCCCCUGACACCAGUGAGGGCUACCUGGAGGGGGAGGAGGCAGUCCUGGAACAUCUCCUCACCUGGUCUAUCACUAAGAACGUCUUCCAGCUGCAAGGCACAGAUGGAAAGCUCACCAAAGAGCUCACCGACGGUGCCAGGGAACGAAUGGCUGUUGCGACGUCCACGUUUAGCAAAGUCUCAAAUAAGUUCCUCACAGGAAACAUCAAGAUGAGGAGUCUCAACCGGAUCCUCAAGAACAAAGACGCCUUUCUGGAGCUUCUGAAAAUAGAUGGUCUGUCUAUGAAUGAGAGGUGCAGAAACUCUGCAGCCAUGAAUAGGCUUAUGAAGUUCAGGGAGGAUGAAGUUAAGAGCAUCUACCAUGAGAGGGCGCUGUUGCACAACCUGCUGGAAGUGUGCCAGAAACUACAGGAGUACAUCACCGUUGAUCUGGAGGACCUGGAGAGCAAACUCGGAGUGACAGUGGAGGAGAAGACACUGGACGAUUUCAUGGAGGUCCAUCAGCUUGACAAUAUAUCCUCUGAGAAAUUAGGCGUGGUCACGUGCUUUGAGCUCCCGCCAGGCAUGCGAGAGAUGGCGGAGGCCCUGCACAUGUUCAGGGACAGCUUCAUCUUCAACAUGUGCUGGAAGAACCAGGCGAAAGCGCUGUCACGCAGUGAUGACAUCACGGGUGAGAUGGGAGCAGCACCUGUGAUACGGGCCUCCCUCCAUGAGAUUCACAAGGAGGUUUUUCAGCCCUGUUACUAUAGAUACAGAGAAAUCUACAACAACUUGAGAAGCGGUGGGCUCACCUUACAGGAAGUGGACGACAUCUUUGAGGACUACAAGGACAAAUAUGAUGAUCUGACCAAUGACCUGCAGAUCAUGUGUGGGAUUGAGUCGUCAAAGGAUAAACACUGGAUAGAUAGGCGGGUGCAACAAAUCGAACAGUACCACGAGCUCCACCUGGCACUGGAAUCUGCCAUGGUCAUCAUGGAUGUCAAACAGUUACUCUGCCUUCAAGGAGACUUUCACAUCGUGGACACUCUGCUUGGUGCUACUGACGCAGAGUUCAAGAGAAAAACUCUGGAUCGCAUUGACAAUGACCUGAUUAAAGUGAAGAAGGAGGUGGCCAUGACUGAGGAGCAGAGACUGUGUCUCCAGGAGCUCUACCUCAGGAAAAACUUCAUCAUGUGGUUGAAAGAGGCUCUGCAAGAUCUGAAUGAGCUGAAGGUCUUUGUGGACCUGGCCUCCAUCUCAGCCGGAGAGAAUGACCUGGAUGUGGAUCGCGUGGCCUGUUUCCAUGAUGCUGUACUGGGAUACUCGUCUGUGCUGUACGAGCUGAAGCCAGAUGCUGGAUUCCGGGCCUUCAGGAAGGCCCUUGGGAAACUGUGGAAGGCUCUCAACAAUGACCGCCACCUUCCCAAGAAGCUGCGAGACACAGCACGUCACCUGGAGUGGCUGAAGACAGUGAAAGAGAGCCACGGCUCAGUGGAGCUGUCUUCUCUCUCCCUCGCCUCUGCCAUCAACAAGAAAGGCCUCUACAUUAUCCGUGCGCAAAACCAGAAAAAGCUGACCUUGGACACGACCCUGAAGCUGGAGAUCUUGGAGGGGCACACGGAGCAGUCACAGCAGCAGGAGGUGCGGGGGAUGCGCUCCUACUCCCUGGAGGACCUUCAGGAGCUUCUGAACAAGCUGAUGCUGAUUUCAGGGAGAGGAGACCAAGGGCAGAAAGAAGAGGUUGACCACUUUUCUGAGGUCUUCUCCAGUGUCCAGAGGAUGGCACUAGCUUUUAUCGAACUUCAUGCUGCAGGAAACCCCCUGUUCCAGCGCUGGGAAGCUAAAAUCAGCUGCCAACCAAACAGCGAGGCCAGCAUUGUCAUGGACUUUCACCUUGGCAGUGGCCAGGGCGUGGGCAAGGUUGUGGUGGAGGGUGACAUGCUGGAGCAGCUGCCAGAACUGUGCAGGAAGAUGGAGCAAUAUCUGUCUACCUGGAAGGACUUCAUGAACGAGCAGAGGUCCAUGCAUUAUUAUCUCAACUACUACACAGCAGAGCAGGUAGUGUACCUGUGCGAUCGGCUGAGCUCAGGGACGCAGACUCCAACGUUGGAUGGUCAGGUGGUGACCAUGCUCUCCUUCAUCAGACCCGGCUGCGACGCUCAGGGUUUGAGGGAGAUGCUGCGUGUGUUCUGGGGUGAUUUCCAUGGCAGAGAUGCAUUGCAGGACCAACGAGAUGAGGUUGACUUUCAAACGUUUGCGGAGGAGGAGAUGUGGGAGGAGGAAGAGGAGGAGGUGUGGGAGGAGGAAGAGAACCCAUUGGAGGAGGAAGAGCAGGGGGUGUUGGAGGAGGAAGAGGAGAUGUGGGAGGAGGAAGAGGAGAAGGAAGAGGAGAAGUUGAAAGAGAAAGAGAAGGGGGAGGAGGAAGGGCCCUGGAGCAUGGGGGUAACAUUAGAACCUGCAUUCAGAGAAGGGGGGAACAUGUACUCAGACAACGGCCUUCAGGGUCCCCUGGGUCAGACUGGCGGCUCAGGACAGCUGGAUCAGCUGUGGGACGCUUACAUGAGGGACAUGAGGGGUUUCCUCCCCCACACUCUGGAUGUCCCAAGCCUGGGGAGACUGCUGGGACAGCUGGCUUACAAGGGAGAAGAAGAGUGUAAGGAAGAGGAGAAAAAGGUGGUGAUGAGGAGCCUACCAGGUGGAUUCUCCAGCAGCCGACCAAACCUAGUGGUCUGCCCUCCAGCUGAGAUCCUGACCUCCUGCCUCUGCAUCUACAUGGCCAGCGAGUUAGAGCCGCUGCCCUCCUAUGACGAGGUGCUCCUAUGUGACCCCGAUACCCCCUACCAGCAGGUGGAGCUCUUCCUCCAUCGUUGCCUCACGGCUGGCUACAGGGGCCAGAAGAUCUACACCCUCCUCCAUGCCGAUCGGCUGGGCUAUGACGUGAGCUUCAAGGCAGAGCAGCUGUUCCAGGCCCUGAGCCUUCGGUGCACUCAUGACUACAGGCUGGUGAUCAUCUGCAGCUCCAGCAGGGAGCAUGCCUACCUUCCCUCUGCCUUCAGCCAGUACCGCCUCCUCGCAAUCCCUCAGGAGCCCCUGGAAAGGGUGCAGAGGUACCUCUCCCACCACUACACUGUCCCGCCAGAUCAGCCUAGCGCAGCAGAUGUCUUCAAAGGGCGGCAGUUUGUUGGGGUCGUAUCAUCCAAACGGGCAGGAGUCGGUAAAUCCCUGUACAUUCAAAGGCUGUACAAGAAGCUACAAGAAUCAGCUAAUGAAGAAGUCGCCUCGCUGAAGUGCAUUCGAUUGAUCGAACCGCAAGUUGACGAAAAUAUCAUCCUCAAGUCCCUGCUCAAUACUGCUGAAGGGAAGGACCUGACUAUUUUUCAUUUUGAUGUUAUGUCAUCGGUGCAGAAAGGUUUGCAUGAGUUUCUGUUCCGACUGCUGAUCCUCCGGUACCUGAUGGACUCUGAGGGCCGGAUGUGGAAGUGCAGUGAAGGGCAGCUGUAUGUCAUUGAGAUCCUUCAGUCCCCUCAAGAUUUGCACCAAAACCUUCCAAGAGCUGGUGCACAUGAAAGCUUUUCUUUCCUGGAUGUCUUCCCUACGGUCAUAUGCCGCCCCCCAAAAGAGGUCCUGGAGCAGGAAAUGAGGCACGAGGACGGUGCCGUUACGCAAGACCCUCUCAUGGACGAUCAGGAGUUCAGAAGCGAAGCUUUCCAAAGACCCUACCAGUAUCUGACCCGCUUCCACAAGGGUCAAAAUCUGGACAGGUUUGUGUACAAGGGCGUGGAGGGGACCCACAUGGAAUGCCUGCAGAUUCUGUUCGUCUACUGUGGAGUUGCGGAUCCCUCCUGGGCAGAGCUGAGGAACUUUUGCUGGUUCUUAAAUGUGCAGCUCAGGGACUGUGAGACAUCCAUCUUCUGUGAUAUGGAAUUUGUGGGAGACACCCUCCAGGGCUUCAGAAACUUUGUGGUGGACUUCAUGAUCCUGAUGGCCAAGGACUUUGCCACACCCUCACUCAGCAUUUCAGACCAGAGCGCUGGAAGGCCGCAGAUGGACCUGUCUGAGGUGAAUGAGGAAGACCUAGCCCCCUUUCGCAUCCGCAAGCGGUGGGAGGUGGAGCCACAUCCAUACAUCUUCUUCAACGGGGACCACAUGUCCAUGACGUUCAUUGGCUUUCAUCUGCGAAAGAAUGGGCAGAGCAAUUUGGAUGCAGUCCAUCCGAUCUCAGGGGCAGUGAUUAGGCGAAACAUAAUGACUGAGCGGCUUUAUGAUGGCCUCUGUCUCCAGGGGGUGCCUUUCAAUGUGGACUUUGACACACUGCCCAGGGGUGAGAAGAUCAAGCAGCUCUGCAAUGUGCUGGGUGUCCAGCAGACCGUUGACCCUGACAAGACCUAUGAACUCACCACCGACAACAUGCUGAAGAUGCUGGCGAUUCACAUGCGGUUCCGCUGUGACAUCCCUGUUGUGGUCAUGGGGGAGACUGGCUGUGGGAAAACUAGACUCAUCAGAUUCCUUUGUGAGCUGCGGAGGGCUGGGGCCGACACCCAGAACAUGACCCUGGUCAAGGUACAUGGGGGGACCACCUCGGAGAUGAUCUACAGCAAGGUAAGAGAGGCGGAGGUGAAGGCAGCUACUAACAAGCGGGAGCACAAGCUCGAUUCUGUCCUCUUCUUUGAUGAAGCAAACACCACAGAGGCUGUGAGCAGCAUCAAGGAGGUGCUCUGUGAUGGGGCAGUGGAAGGCAAACGCCUUGCUGUGGGCACGGGUCUGCAGAUUAUUGCUGCCUGCAAUCCGUAUAGGAAACACUCAGACGAGAUGAUCCAGAGACUGGAAUCCGCUGGCCUUGGGUAUAGGGUCAGAGCUGAGAAGACUGAAGAAAAGCUGGGCUCCAUUCCUCUCCGGCAGCUAGUGUACAGGGUGCAGGUGCUUCCUCCUAGCAUGAUCCCACUGGUGUGGGACUUUGGACAGCUCGAUGACCAGACUGAAAAAAUAUACAUCCAGCAGAUAGUUCAAAGAGUGGUGCAGGCCAGCUCCAUCAACUUCAAAUAUUCUGCAAUGAUGGUUAAUGCCUUGUCAUUGUCGCAGAGGUACAUGAGAUCAAGGCAAGAUGAGUGCAGCUUUGUCAGCCUCAGGGAUGUGGAGCGCUGUGUUCAGGUGUUCGUUUGGUUUCACAGGAACAGUGCUUUGUUAAUCAGCGAGCUGAAUAAAUAUCUCCGGCAGAACCUAAAUCGGGAAAAGAAAAAACAGUGUAACCUGACUACCUCAUCCAUGGAGGAUGAAAGGAGAGACCCUGUAGUUUGGGCACUGGUGAUGGCUAUGGGAGUGUGCUACCAUGCUUGCCUAGAGAACAAGGAGGGCUACAGGAAAGAAAUGUGCAAGAGUCUCCCUGAGGCUUAUACCCCACAGAAAGUGCUCCGUGAAAUCACCCUGGUGCAGGACCUCCUGCUAAGUGGUGUUCCCCUAGGCAGAACAAUCGCCAGGAACACUGCACUGAAGGAAAAUGUCUUCAUGAUGGUAGUCUGUAUUCAGCUGCGCAUUCCCCUCUUCCUGGUGGGCAAGCCCGGGAGCUCCAAGUCUCUGUCAAAGACACUGGUGGCAGAUGCCAUGCAGGGCCAGGCCGCUCACUCUGAACUGUUCAGGUGGCUGAAGCAGGUACACAUGGUGUCCUUCCAAUGCAGCCCCCAUUCCACGCCAGAGGGCAUCAUCAAUACCUUCAAGCAGUGUGCCCGCUUCCAGGAGGGCAAGAACCUGGAGGAGUAUGUCUCCGUGGUGGUGCUGGAUGAGAUCGGUCUGGCAGAGGAUUCCCCCAAAAUGCCCCUGAAGACCUUGCACCCUCUGCUAGAGGAAGGGUGCAUUGAUGAUGAGCCGCUGCCUCACAAGAAGGUAGGCUUCAUUGGUAUAUCCAACUGGGCCCUGGACCCGGCGAAAAUGAACAGGGGUGUUUUUGUUUCACGUGGGGACCCAGACGAAAAGGAACUGAUCAAGAGUGCCAGGGGCAUAUGUUCGUCAGACAGGAUGGUUCUGGAGAAGGUCCAUGAUGUAUUUCAACCCUUUGCCCGGGCUUACCUGAGGACCGGUGAGGGCAAAGGAUUUUUCGGCCUGCGGGAUUACUAUAGCCUGAUAAAAAUGGUGUUUGGGUUCUCUAAGGCCUCGAAGGAGAAGCCCAGCUCAGAGCAGAUUGUGGAGGCCGUGCUGAGGAACUUCAGUGGCAGGGAUGAUAUGGAUGUAGUGAGCAUCUUCACUGACAGCAUGCACAUCAGCCCAAACCCAGAGAGUGCCGUCAGCACUAUUGAGCUUGUGAAGAAGAACAUCUUAGCCAUUGGCUCAGACAAUGAGUGCCGGUACCUACUGGUCCUGACUAAAAACUAUGCUGCCCUCCAGAUACUGCAGCAGAUGUUCUUCUCUGACCAGCGCCAACCUGAAAUUAUCUUUGGCUCCAGCUUCCCCAAAGACCAAGAAUACACUCAGAUCUGCCGCAACAUCAACCGUGUGAAGAUCUGCAUGGAGACUGGUCAGACUGUCAUCCUGCUGAACUUGCAGAACCUCUACGAAAGCCUCUAUGAUGCACUCAACCAGUACUACGUCUGUCUUGGGGGCCAGAACUAUGUGGACCUGGGCCUGGGUACCCAUCGAGUGAAGUGCAGAGUGCACCCCAACUUCAGGCUUAUCGUCAUUGAGGAAAAGGAGGUGGUCUACAGGCAGUUUCCUGUGCCCCUCAUCAACAGGCUGGAGAAGCACUACCUGGACAUCAACGCUGUCCUCAGAAGCGACCAAAAGGAGAUGGUGAAAGAGCUUGAGGGAUGGGUGGAACAGUUCAUCACAACAAAUCAGAACUCAAUGGCAGUCCAGAGGCAAAAAUACCAGCCACCUGAUGUUUUCAUCGGGUACCACUCUGAUGCCUGCUCCUCAGUGGUCCUGCAGGUGACUGAAAAGCUGAAACAAGAGAAAGAGAUGCCUGAAUUCCGGCGGAGGGUCCUGCAGCAGGCCAAACUGAUGCUGCUCAACUGCGCCACCCCGGACUCUGUGGUCCGUUUGCAGGAUACGACCCUCCCCAGCACUGAGGCCGAGUUCCUGACCCAGGUGUACUUCCAGGAGCAGCAGCACAGCAGCCUGGCUGAAUUCAUCCUGUCCCACAUGCACAUGGAAGGAUGGCACCACUCCCACAUCACCGAGGUUACAACCUUCUCCCGACUCCUGACUGCGUCAGAUGUGGCACAGCUGAGGGACGUAGUGAAGAUUCCCACCACUGAGCUGUUGUCUCUGCAGCAGUUUGAUACGGAGCAGUCCUUCCUCAAAACAAUCAGGAAUUUUCUAGAUUCCACACCUGAUGAUAAAAUGCUCAUCAUUCAGACGGACUUUGAUGAUGGCACCCAGAGUGCAUGUAUCCUAGCAUCAGCAAAGUAUUCAGCCAUAAAUGAAAUUAAUAAAGUGGGAGAGGCGGAGAUGACAGGGAAGGUAUUCGUGUACUUCAUCACAAAACUACCCAGAGUGGAAGGCGGGACAUUCUAUGUUGGAUUUCACGGAGGUAACUGGAGCUCAGUUCACAUCGACGACCUCAGAAGAUCAACAGACAUUGUCUCGGACAUCAAAGCCUUGAGGAACAUCUCGAUCAGCCAGCUCUUUCAGGAUAAGACCGAUCAGAAGGAUCCAAUGGAUGCGAUGGAAGUGGAGGAGGCCUUUCCAGAGCAGGUUGAGGGAGCAUUGUUGGAGGUACUGGACACCACGGAACUGGUACGCAGCUGUGUGCAGAGCGCAGUGAGCAUGCUCAGAGAUCAGGCCGAGGGCGGGACCCGCUGUACCAGGAGAGUGGAGAUCCUGCUCACGCUGUUGGCCGACAACGAUGAAACGAGUGCUAUGUUCCUGAAGACGGUGAAAAGACGUAUUCACUACCUGCUGGUGGCCCAAGACAGCCAUACCCUUACUUCCAAAAACUGGGUGUUUAAGGAGGCAUCCAAUGUCAACGCUCUGCAGGAAGGAGGGACAUUCAAACACACACUGUGGAAGCGCGUCCAAGUAGCGGUCACUCCCCUGCUUGCCCGCUUAGUCUCAGUCCUCGACCGCGACUGUAACCUGGACCUCCUGCUGGACUGCAAGUCUGGGGAGUCGGUCAAGAAGUUAUGGCUGGACAUGUUCGGGGAUGAGUCACUGCUGGAAAUUCCCUACGCUAGACCCAACUACGGUACUGAAUCACAGACUGUCCUGGUGCACAGCCACAUUCAGACGGGGCACGGUGUGGGGUGUGCCAUGCCCUUCAGCUGGAGGGUCAGGGAGCACCUGGAGGAGGUGUGGACUCAGGUGCAGCAUCGAGACGAUCGCACCCAGCAGAAGUUUGAAGAGAUUUUUAGGAAGACCCCCUUGGGCCAGCUCAUCUCCCACACAGACAGAGAAACACACAAAGAGCUGUUCCAGAGGUAUCUUCAGGAUUUUGUCUCCAUGGCAAUGAAAGUGACAUCGGAGGAUGAGCUGCAGCUCCUGUGUCGCGCCCUGACCUCCUGCAUCAACGAACUGAGCGUCCGCCGUCCCGCCGCGUCACCCCCCUCCCUGCCCUGGGUCCACAUCGCGUACCAGCAGUUCCGCACGCGUCUGCACAACCUCCACAGGAUGCUCACCCUCCUGCCUCACCUGGCCCCGCCCCUCCUGGGCACCACACCCACUGGAGAAACGGGAGAGAUGGUUCUGGAUGUGCUUGCCGCGGUGGCAUGCGUGGAGCAGCUAGAGCCGCAGUUGCAGUCAGAUGCGCAGCACCUGGCCUGGCUGCGGCAGGUGAAGAGCCUGCAGGUGCCCCUCCAGCUGGUCUGCGCCCAGCCCGUUCCAGAACACUGGGGACAGAGGAGCCGGGCUGUGAUUGGUCGCGUUCGGAAUGGCUGGAACCGUAUCUUUGUCCUGUCGCUGUUUGUGGAGCACCUGCUCCUGGGGGUGGAGUCUAUGGAUGAAAAGCUGACGGCCCUGUUGCUGGACCACACCCUCAGGCUGGGGAGAGUUCUGGAGAAAAACUUUGACCUGAAGCUGGAGACGUCGUUCGUGGCGGUGGUGGAAGUACUCAAGUCCUGCAAGGACAGAGCGAGCCGCUGUGUUUUCGAGUAUGGACUGGGUCCCUGCCCCAUGUGUUGUGGGGACCCCCAGGAGCCCCUGGUGCUGCCCUGUGGUGAUGUCUUCUGCCUGGGCUGUGGCAGACAGUGGCUGGUCCCGGGGCAGAUGUUUUGCCCCAAGUGCAUGUCUCCUGUCCCUGACGACUUCCCCCUAAGCGUGUCAGAAGAUGUGAGUGGCCUGAUCAAGUUCAGCAAGCAGUGCCACUCCUUCUUCAUCGAGCUGGUCUCCAGCGUGUGUUUUCGGGGAAACUGCCCCCCCUCACAGGGGGUCAUCCAUCACCUGUUGUCCUACCUGAUGGUGGAGGCUGAGCCCGUCCCGCUUAUUCGAGGUCGGAGUCAGAUCCUGACCAAAGCUCUCUCGCCUUUCCACGAGUCAGUGGACAGAAGCCCUGUGGUGCGCUCCGUGGUGCUCAAACUGCUGCUCAAGUACAGCUUCAGCAAUGUCAGAGAGUACCUGCAGCAGCACCUGUCUUCGGUGGAGCAGAGCAUCAUCGUGGAGGAAGGGGAUAAAUGCAACCUUUACGCCCUUUACAUCAACUGCCUGGAGGACUCCUUGUUCGAGAGGCUGCAGUGCCACACGGCCACAGAGAGGAGGUCCUUCCUGCAAGUGGAGCGGGACUUCCUGAACUACUUCCUGUCCUGCGACCCAACGUCUGUGCGGACGGUCACCGUGGAGCAGUUGCAGCAGGUCGCCAGGGUUCGGCUGUGUCUGGACGUGGCUGCUGAGCUGCUCACCCAAGGCCUGCUGGACACACCUGCGGAACCUCAGGCCGGGGCUUCCUGCUUCCUGGACAGCGUGCGGAACCUGUGCGUCCGCGGCGGGAACGACUGGUACCGCGUGUACCUGAUCCGCCUGCUGUGCAGCCGGCGGGGCGUGGAGUUCGUCCAGAACCUUCUGAAGGAGGAGGCGCUCCCCUGGCUCUUUCCCCAGGAGAUCCUCGUGCAGAAAAACCAAGAUGGCGGCCAGAUGGAUCAGUACCUCGUCUGCGGGGAGGGCUACGGGGCUGUCCGGGAGGCAGUUGCCAAGGCAACGGCGGGAUGCCCAAUGGAGGACAUAAAGGCAGCGUGUGAGGGCUGUGGAGGUUCCCCAGCAGAGAGAACGGUCUACCUGCUCCUAGCUGUAUUCAGAGAAGUGACCACACUGUACAGAUCUACCAAUCCUGUCCUUCUCCCCAAACCUGAGCUGUGCCAGGCUCUGGAGGGUUUCAUACAGAACUCCGGGGUUCUGGAGAGCCAGGGGGCUCGGACCUUUGCCACGGCGCUGCUGCGGAACAGCCUGGGUCCCCUGCGCGUGCGGGCGGAUCGGCCCGGCGUUGAGCACACCCUCACUGAGCUGGCCGUCCACCUGUCCGCUGUGCUGCGCUGUGGGGAAGGUGGGGUGCUGGCACCCCUCAGACAGCUGGCCAUGUCCCCCUCCAAUAUGCGGAAUUCUUUCUUACCCACAAUGCCUGAGGACAUGCAAUAUAUGGCGGUCAAAGCUUGUACAGAAAAGCUGGAGUGGUACACCUGUCGAAAUGGCCACCCCUGUGCCAUCGGUGAGUGCGGUCGGCCUGCUCAGACAGGCCAGUGUUUGGACUGCGGGGCAGAAAUCGGAGGUGUGAAUCACGUGCCUGUGACAGGCUUCACUGCAACUGCGGCUCAGACACAGGAUCGCACCCAGCCGGGCCACAUUCUGGGGGACCCCAGCAGGCGGGGUGACGGAGACGCGCUGGACACCAGGAACCUGCCCCCCGUGGCCUUCGCCGUCCUCAGACUGCUCACUCACCUGGCCCUGCUGCUGGGGGCUGCAGCCGAUCCACAGUGUGUGAGCCAGAUCAUCAGACCUUCAGUCCAGGAUCCCGGUGCCUUCCUGAUGCAACAUCUGCGGAAGGAUCUGGAACAGCUGACCCAGACCCUGGGGUUGGGUGCGGAUGACACGGUCACCGCCAUCCACCUGCUGCUCAGUAGCCUGCUGGAGCCUCACCUGCCCCGCUCAGGGCAUGGUCCUUUUGGUGGUUCCCUCUCCACAAAGGAAGCCAGGCAUGGCUGGGAGACCACUGUCAUCACUGACAUCAUCACCCCCCAGCUCAAGAACCUGGAGCAGCGGUUGAAGGAGGUGAACGUAGCCAUCAGAUGUGACUCUCGCGUGAACUCUAACCCCGUCAUGAAGGUGGUGUUCGGAGAUCCGCGCCUCUUUCUGUCCACACUGCCCAGGGACAGCCUGGUCCACCGGGGGGCAGUGUGGAGCUGCAGGGAGAGGGUGUCCCUGCCCCACCUGGCCCACGUCCUGGGGCAGAACGGCGGAAAAGACGCCUUUCCCCUUCUCUGGACCUUCCUGCAGAAGGAGGCGGAGUUACGGCUGGUGAAGUUCCUGCCGGACAUCGUGGCUCUGCAGAGGGAUCUGGUGAGAAGGUUCCAGAAUCGGACAGACCUGACAUAUGGGACCAUCGGGGAGCUGAUCCAGAACCAGAGAGAAGCUGCACGGAUGACCUGGGAGAAACGCAUCAGAACCUUCCUGAGUGUGUGGAAUCAGCUGCGCCUGUCAUUGGCCACUAACGGUGAGAUAAAGAUUCCAGCAGAGCUCUGUGAGGAGGACCUGGCCCUCAGCAGUGAUUUCCAGGUUCUGUUGCCGCAGCGACAGGGCGUGGGCCUGUGCUCCACCGCGCUGGUCAGCUACCUCAUCGCCCUGCACAACCAGCUGGUCUACGCCACAGACAGACACACGGGAGAGCAGACCAGUUACACAGUGAGUGUUACAGACCUGUCUGAGCUGCACGUGAUUGGGUAUGAGCCGGAGAGGGACCUCAUCCCUCUGGUCCUGUCCAACUGCCAGUACAGCCUGGAACGCGGCCAGGAGACCCUGUCCCAGUACGACCUCCCCAAAAUCCAGCAGCUGAUCCUGAGCCGGAUCCUGCAGGGGAAGCCUCUCAUCGCCCUGUCUGGAAUUCCCACGCUGUUCAGCCGGCAAAGCCGCCAUUACGAACGCGUUUUCACGGACGUGAAGGCCAAGGUUGGGCAGGAGCCCUUGCCGGCCCUGAAGGCGGCGUCUCUGGCUGGUCAGCUGCAGACGCACAGCGACGUGUGCGACACGCUGGGCGUGGUGGAGCUGGUGCUGGACUUCCUGUCUGCCGCCGGGGGCCACGCCCACAUGGAGCUGGUCUCGUACCUGGAGGACGUCCUGCGGAUGGAGCGGCUGGCCCCCCAUGUCCUCAAGGCCCUGAGUAGGUGCAGUCUGAAGCACUGUGUGGCUCUGUGGCAGUUCCUCUCCUCACUCCGAUCAGAGAGCAUGCUGCGCCUAAAGAGGGACCCAUUUGUGGGGAUUGGGGAUCAGUACAGGAAGCCCCUGGAUGAGGAGGCCCGCAGGCUGCUGAUGGGCUUCUGCAGCAGGGGAAGUGUGCAGGCCGUCCGGCUGGAGAUGCACCAGUUCCUGCUGCUACACCUGAACACCAACCGUGACCCUGAGCUGUACAGGCCAGCCUGGGGUCUGAAGGAGACGCUGCAGUCAUAUGUGGAGAGCAAGGACCUGGACCUCCCACCUGACGUGGAGGAGCUGUUUCCCCUGGAGAUCCGCCUCUCUCAGGCCGUCGCUGCCUGGAAGUUCACUGUGGCCUUUAAACAGGGGCGGAGCCUGAGGUAGCCAAUCUGGAGCCUCUCAUUUUUAAGGCCAACGGUCAGAGCCUUACUGUGAUUGGCAGAGCAGCCUGUCACUCAAAAUAUAGCCCUCAAGGUUUUCCCUUUAACUGGGAGUCAGGUGUGAAUACAUGUGGCCAAUCGGUAGUGCUAAUUGUUCAGUGAAUUACCUGGGAGGGAAAAGAAAAUUUGGAUUCCAUUUAGUAUAGUAUUGUGUGUUUUCUUUCUGUCUCUUAUGUAUUUCUACAAGUCCAAACUGGUGAGCUUGGGCUUCCUCCUUAUCCUUCUCCUGCCAUUCUGCCAGGGAGGAGCGGCUAUGCUGCCCAGGACUCUGAAAGCAACUGAUAGAUAAAUACUAAACAAUUAUUUCAGAUUUGAAGCUUGUUUAGACGGUCAUCAGGUGCUUAUUCAGUAUUCAUGUUAUAUGACUAGACAAAGGCAAUCACUUAUGUAAUUAAAUCUUACUAUAAGCGUAUGUAUUAAACAUGUACCAAUUAAAUAUA